AUUAUUUGCAUGCAAUGUAGCCUACGGCGUCUUUCCGCUGAAUUUUGAUGCACAAUUGUGCAGACGACGCACGAAGAGAAAGUAUAAAGGUUUGCAGAUAUGCUGGAAGAAGAAGACCAAGUUGUUGGAGAAGCUGUUCAUGUUGAUGAUGAUGAGGAAUCCCUCUUCCAAGACAUUGACCUUCUACAAAACCAUGGCAUUAAUGUUGCAGAUAUCAAAAAGUUAAAACAAAGUGGAAUAUGUACUAUAAAGGGUGUUCAGAUGACUACCAGGAAGAAGCUGUGUGCCAUCAAGGGAAUAUCAGAGGCCAAGAUGGAGAAAAUCAAGGAGGCGGCAAACAAGCUUAUAGACCCUGGCUUCCUCACAGCUCUGGAGUAUGCUGACAAGAGAAAGUGUGUGUUCUGCAUAACAACUGGGAGUCAAGAACUGGAUAAACUGAUGGGAGGUGGCGUAGAAAGCAUGGCCAUUACAGAGGCAUUUGGGGAGUUUAGGACUGGCAAGACACAGCUGUCCCAUACUCUGUGUGUAACAGCACAGUUGCCUGGAGCCAAAGGUUACACAGGAGGAAAAGUGGUCUUUAUCGACACUGAGAAUACCUUUCGUCCUGACAGACUGCGAGACAUUGCUGAUAGAUUCAACUUGGACCAGAGUGCUGUCUUAGAUAACGUUUUGUACGCCAGAGCUUACACAAGUGAACACCAGUAUGAGCUGUUAGACUAUGUAGCUGCUAAGUUCUAUGAAGAAAGUGGAGUCUUCAAGCUGCUGAUUGUUGACUCCAUCAUGGCCCUGUUCCGUGUGGACUUCAGCGGUCGAGGAGAGUUGGCUGAUAGGCAGCAGAAACUGGCUCAAAUGUUGUCCAAGUUGCAGAAAAUAUCGGAAGAGUACAAUGUGGCCGUGUUCAUCACCAAUCAGAUGACCGCUGACCCAGGGGCAGCCAUGACGUUCACUGUUGACCCCAAGAAGCCUAUUGGUGGUAACAUCCUGGCCCACGCUUCCACCACAAGACUAAGUCUCAGGAAGGGCAGGGGAGAGACCAGAAUCUGCAAGAUCUAUGACAGCCCUGACAGACCUGAAAGCGAGUGCACGUUUGCCAUCACGCUGGGAGGAAUCGCUGAUGCCAAGGAGUGAGCCGAGACUGUAGCUAUAACAGUCAAUACUGUCGACUUUGCUGCCUUAAUUGUGAUCAAAUAAUGUGAAUGAUUGUCGAUAUAACAUUAAAAUGUUGUUCUCUUAGGCUCAUAAAAAUUGGCACUAAUUUUUUUUUAACAAUCCCAAUUGAUUGUUUGGCUUAUUUUGGGUUGGUUAAUUUGUUAAAUAGGUUUAUAUUAAAUGAAAAUCAGUAUCUUAUUUGUUGAACAUGUAUGCCAGAUACAAUCAUUGUGUUAAAAUUUGUACACAUGGUUUCCUUGCUUUUAAUUAUAAUUUACCGGUAAGUGACACGAAUGUUACUUUAUCAUGCUUGUAUCAUCGUUAACUUUUGUGAUUAUAAUGUUGACUCUUUUAAUGAUAUACAUGUGUAUGUGUAUCUAUUGGAUUGCAUUAUAUUUCUCUUUUAUUGUUCUAAAGGUCUGAAAAUGUGGCAAAUAUAUAUUUUUACACA